AUGAGGUCCGUAACACCCUAUCCCCAGUCCGAGGUUGCCAGUCCGGAGUGCACGGUGGCUAUCGGACCGGAGCUCGCUCAGCUGAUGAGGUCGUUCGUCCCAAUCACGCCGCACAUACAGCUCCCCCAAGCGAAGGAUCGAGACCGAUGUCAUGAAACUGUCCGUACUUGCGCUCUCACUGAUCUUCAAAGUGAAGCUGACGACGUACUUGCUGCUCCCCUACCAUCAUCGACUUGCGCCCUCGCUUCCGAUCGCGUGACUCGAUACGGUCCCAUUCUCCCAUUCCGGCUUGACGUGCCACGGCCGAUCGUCUACCCGUGGAACGCCGCACAAACCGCAGGCUCAUGUCCGAUUACGAGGUCACACUCGUCAAUGACAACAUGCAAGAGUUCUACGUCCGGUUCAACGGUCCCAAAGAGAGUGAGUCGUCAACUCGCUCGCCGGCAGUGGGCGCUCGCGUGGGGGCCUCACCACCCAAAGUGGGGGGAGGAGGAUGGGCGGUCUGGGCGUCGGGCAGGCCAAUUGUAGCUGGAGCAUGCGAUGGCCUGUUUGGCGCAGAAUGCCCCCAACACAAAUUCAAGAACUGACCUAUUCUUGACCUGACCCGCUCCGACUGUGCGCCACCCUACAGCUCCUUUUGAAGGAGGCGUAUGGAAGAUCCACGUCGAGCUGCCCGACGGCUACCCGUACAAGAGUCCCUCGAUCGGCUUCGUCAAUAAGAUAUUCCAUCGUGAGUGAGCGUGGUGAAGCGAGAUAUGCCCCGAACCAGAUCUCAACAACACCUCUCUCUUUCCAGCCAACAUCGACGAAGUAUCGGGCUCGGUCUGCCUCGACGUCAUCAACCAGACCUGGUCUCCCAUGUUCGACAUGAUCAACAUCUUUGAGGUAUUUUUGCCCCAACUGCUUCGAUAUCCAAACGCGUCGGAUCCGCUCAACGGAGAGGCCGCAGCGUUGUUGAUGAGGGAUUCAAAGAGCUACGAUGGCAAGGUCAAGGGCACGUCCCGUCUCGGGGUCCCUGCACAUGAAUCGCACAGCGACUCGUCGCUGACCUUCGCUCAUCAAUCGCUUGGUCAGACUAUGUAUCGAGAUUCGCAACACGGGAGGCGUUAGAAGACGAUGGCGACGAUGACGACGAGUCGAGCGAGGAAGAAGUCAGUUUGAGAAUUUCGUUCCAAGCAGCAAGGGAUCGCAGGAGGUGCGGAGGUGCUGACCACGGGUGACUCUGGUCUAUUCUCAUAGGAUGACGACGACGACGAGAACUAUUCGGCUGGAGAGGAAGACGCCGCCGGCAUGGAGCUGUGA